AUGGACUCCCCUCAACCCGCACCCAGCAAAUUCUCCUACCUUGUGGGCAUCGGCGUAACCCACUCCAUCGCGCCGCCCAUGCACAACCACAUCUUCCGCUCCCUCGGCCACGCCGACUGGCACUUCCAGGCCCAAGAGUGCGCCACCGUCGAGGAAGCGAUGGCGCUCUUCCGGGCGCCGACCUUCAGCGGCGGCGCCGUGGUCACCAUGCCCUACAAGCGGACGAUCAUGGCGCACCUGGACGGGCUGGACGAGCCGGCCGUGAAGCUCGGCGCGUGCAACAACGUCUACCGCGCCGCGGACGGUGCCCUGCGCGGCACCAACACCGAUUGGCGUGGGGUGCUCGGGUGCCUGGUGGGCGCCAACGCGUCCGGGAGGGGCAAGCCCGCGGCGAUCAUCGGGGCCGGCGGCGCCUCUCGCGCGGCGGUGUACGCCCUGCACGCGGAGCUGGGCUGUUCCACGAUCUACAUCGUCAACCGGGACGAGGGCGAGGUGCAGGAGCUGGCCGACGAGUGUCGGCGGGUGUACGGUGGGGGAUUGGCGCUCGUUCACGUGAGGCAGGUCAAGCAGGUGGCGGCGCUGCCGGAGCGGCCGUUCUACGUGGUUGGCACGGUGCCGGACGCGGAGCCGACCACGCCCGAGGAAGUCGAGGUGCACGCGAUUGUGGAGGCAUUCCUCGCUGCCCCCGGCGAGAGCACCGAGAAAGGCGUGCUGCUGGACAUGUGCUUCAAGCCGCGGCGGACGCGGUUCCUGAAGGCGGCGGCGCGGCACGGGUGGACGACGGUGGAGGGGACGGAGAUCAUCGGCCAUCAGAUCCAGGAGCAGUACCGGCUGUGGUGCGGGGAGGAGGCGAGCAGGAGACUACCGGUGGAGGAGGCGUGGGCGGUGCUGCGGCGGGCGGCGGAGGCGAGCCCGGCGAUCAAUUUUUGA